UUGUUUUCAUGGAGCAAGGCGCGUGCGCUGCCGGCUGGGCAAAGAGAAAGCCGCGCAGGCGUAGUGGCCGCUUUUGAACUAGGCUGGGGUCGGGGUCCGAGGGUAACCUGUGCAGGUGGGGAGUGCAGAACACAUCUCUGAAGUGCAGAAUUCAAGAGUGGAUAGGAUCUAUUCAACAAUGAUGAAUGCGGACAUGGAUGCUGUUGAGGCUGAAAAUCAAGUGGAAUUGGAAGAAAAAACACGACUUAUUAAUCAAGUUUUGGAACUGCAGCAUACACUUGAAGAUCUGUCUGCAAGAGUAGAUGCUGUUAAAGAAGAAAACUUGAAACUGAAAUCAGAAAAUCAAGUUCUUGGACAAUAUAUAGAAAAUCUAAUGUCUGCCUCUAGUGUUUUUCAAACUACUGACACAAAAGGCAAACGAAAGUAAGGUGUUGAUAACCAAACUAUAACAUUAUAUUGCUGCUGCUUUUGUUUAAAUUUUAAAUUGCAUAAGGCUACAUGACUUUAAUACCCUAGUUUGUAGCAUCAUUGAAUAUUUGAAGAUUUAAUGGCACUUCUAGACUACUUUAAAGUUUUUAAUGAACAACUGGGCAGUGCAAGUCUGUAGUGUUAGUUUUUCAACAGUGUGCAAAGGUAGUGUAGAGGAAAUAUUUAUUACACAGUCUAAAGACAAGUGCUUUUGAAAUUCAGCUCUGCUUUUAUGUUUAAAUGUUCAUACACUGCCAAGAACUUUAAAUAUUGCAAUUUUUACAGUGGUACCAUUCACUAGCAAAAUAACACAGUGUUGUGUAGAGUGGUGUGAAAUCCUUGUUUGGAAUGCAUUAUUUGCAUGUCUUCCCCUUGGCUCUAGAAAAGUUUGAACACAUCCCCUGUCUCCUCUCCACCCUUCUCAAUGAUGUUCUAAAUUCUUCCAGAUAAAGAAAAAUAGCUUAGCUUUUUUGUUUAAUACUUUAAAGGAAGUUAAGGAUUUAGUAACAUAACAUGAUUGCUUGCAAGGUUGUAAAGGGGGAAAACCUAUUGCAAAACUUGACACACCACUCUUUCGAAUGGAGAAAUUGUAACUUUUCAAAAGGAAGCCUGCUUUAGAGCAUAUUGCACAGAAAGAGAGCAGUUAUUGGCUCUUCACAGUGCAACUGUCUUUUGAGCGUCAUCUCCAGUUUACAGAGCAGUUGGCUGCAUGGGAAUAUUUUUCUGCCAUUUGUAAUGGUCGUUAAUGGUACAGGUUUAUUAGAAAUAACCUUGACAACAGUUAGUAUGUAUCUUGCAAGAUAUUUUUUUUUUACUAAAGAUGGAUGUAUUUGAUAUAUAUUCUGCAUAAUUCCCAUCAACUGUUACUAGGCUUUAGCUGCCACGGAUGUUUUGUCUUUCAGGAUCAGAGCAUGAGGCAUGUAUCUAGAGUAGUAUUACCAGUUACUGUAGAGGAUGCCAAAAUGCCUUUCAACCCAUUUGAUGUCAUUCAGCCAGUUUAGCCUCAAUGUGACUUACGAGAUGUGUGAGUAUAUAAGGACGAGCAAGCAAAUUAAUUACAUGCAUGUACAGCUGCAGCUUCAUGUUUGUGACUAUACAAAUUAUGUGAAGUAGACAAGAUAUGUGGGCAGACAUUUCACGUUUACAGCUUAAGUAGGUAAGCAGGUAGGAGACAGGACUGUGUAAAAUGAAAUAAUUUCUUGUUUAGUCUGGUUCUGGCUUUGUUUGGGAUCUUCUUGCAGCUGCAUCGUUACCAUUGGUUUAAGGGGGAUUGUUUGAUUUCUGACCUAAGCAACAGGUUACUCUCCACCUUGUGGGCAAGUUGGUACACCUGUCUUUGAGAUUGCAUGCCCAAUAGGUCAGAGAGAUCACCACAAAACAGUAUUAAAGUCUUCAGUAUUCACUCUUAUGUAGAACAUGUCAGUGAUUUCCUGGGGUUCCACCUGUCAGUAUUAUAAGUAAUGGAACCAACCUGCCUCUGUAGGUGGAAGAAAAACAAUCAUGUGACAUGCAAGAUGGUAGCUAAAACAGUCCUAUUACUGGCAAUAUUUUAAUAGAUAACAAAUAAAUUAAAACCUUGUCUGGCAUUGCAGAGGAUAGUUAAUAAAAUGAAUGAAUGAAUUGCAGCAUCAAGGCAAGAUUAAUUUAAACAGACCGGUGUGACUAGCUCUCCAGGGAAGUGGCUUUCCAGCUUUAUUCCUUCAGGGAGCCAUUUACCCAUGGACCUGUUUCCCAAAGAGACUUUCUCCAUCCGAGAUAGGAACUGUGUUUUGGAUUAUAGAGUAUGUUUGGGGGUAAAUGCUUGGUGUGGCAAACUAAGCCAGACUGGUGCUUUUUGUCAAUCAUCACUCCGGAAAAAAUAUGUGUACUAUAGACCACAUGUAACACCCUGCUCCUUCUAGUUGUGCAUUGCAGGAGAGUGCUGAUAGAGAGGGGUACGCUUUCAAUGAAUUGUGUCUGCAUUACUGCUCUUCAUAAUUGAGGAACCACGGUAUCCAUUAGAACAAGGGUAGGCAACCUAGUGCCCCCCAGGUGUGUUGGACUACAGCUUUCAUAAUCCUUGUCCAUUGGCCAUGCUGGCUGGGGCUUAUGGGUGUCUGGAAGGCACCAAGUUGCUUUUCCUUCAGCUGCAACAUACUCUGAAACACUGCUCUAGAGUCCUGCUUACAUGGAGAACUCUUCAGGGGGUAUGUGCCACGAGUUAGUCUUUCGGGGACUUCCAAUACCUGCUAGUGAAACUUGAAAAGUGAGUUAAAGGAUGGAGUUGGAAACAAGCUCUAGCAAUGUAGAAAUCCCCCAUUUCCAAUUUAAGCUGAGUUUGCAGUGGCUCUGCACUAGCCUGCCUACCUAGCAGUUUCUCGUCUUUCUCCCCCCUCCCCCAUGCUUAUCAAGUUGCAAAGAAGUGGAAUGGAAUACAGCUAGAGUUGUUUCCUCCCUCAGCUGUGAAGGCUUCAGAGCAUGCUCUGAGCCUCUGUUGCGAACAGGCAUUCAGGGAAGUGCAUUCCCCUGCCCCCUUGCUGCCGAAUGAGUACAGAAGCAUGGAAACCACCCCAAACCGUCUUUUGCCCUCCUCCCCUUUCUCCACAACUUGGAAAACAUAGGAAGGGUGGUUGAGAAAAUGAGCAAAACUAGUCAUAAGAGCAUUGCCGCCUUAGGUAGAACUAGUCAGGAAAGAAAACACUUCCAUCACAUGGCUUGUUAGAGAAUUGUUCUUUAAGAGGAACAGCUUGGCUUUCCUCCAAAUCCUCCACAAGAGGGUGAGUUUUGCACACCACUAAUUUCGACAAGUCCAGUAGCAGCUGGGGAUCAGCAGAGGCUAGCUGUAUGCUACACACAAGAGACUGUUUGGCAAACACCAACCUGUCUUUCCAUAGGACUUGUUUCCCACACUUCCAGUCUAGCCUUCAGUUGUGCAACCAGCAGCGUGGGAAGGUGCCAUCUAGGUAUGAUUGAGUGGAUUGUUAGUGUAAUACUGAAUUUUGGUGUCCUAGAUAUAGUUGGUACUGUGAAGAAUCCCACUGUUGUGGACUUUGUUCAACAAAUUGUGCUGUUACUUCAAAAUUUAACAAAAAUAAAAAGCUUUCAAAUUUA